CAAAAAGAAGAAAACAGUUACUAUUUACUGAGGAACUGGCAUUGGUUUCGUAGAAGCAAUUUUAAAAAUCAAAAUACACAUUACUUCUCGUCAAACAGAUAUCUAGUCCCUAGAGCUGGGAUCUUGGAUGGAGUAAGUGUUGAGCCCCAAUGAGAUGACUGACCAGGGCAACAACAACCAGAACAUCUCCCGCAACCCCUUUGCUGCCCUCUUCAGCUCACUGGCUGAUGCCAAACAGUUUGCAUCAGGCCAGAAACCUCAACAGCUUUCUACUCAACCACCACUGGAGGACUCGGGUGAGAGCCAGUCGGAGUCAGAAAACUCUGUUUCAGACAGCGUUGAUGACAAUGACGACUCCGUGGCAGAGAUUAGCCGUUCCUUCCGGUCCCGGCAGGAGCUGUGCGAGCAGCUCAAUGUCAAUCACAUGAUCCAGCGAAUAUUUCUCAUCACUCUGGACAACAGUGACCCUAGUCUGAGAGGAGGUAAUGGGAUCCCUCCUCGGUGUGUUUACCUGGAGGAGAUGGCUGCAGAUCUAGAUGGGCAGGACUGGCUGGACAUGGACAACAUAGAACAGGCUCUUUUUAACCGUCUGCUGCUGCUAGAGCCGGGAAACCAGCUCAUCUAUAUGACGUCAUGCAGUGCUGUUAACCUGUCUGCUGACCGGGAUGCUGGAGAGAAAUGUGCCAUCCCUUACCUUUUUGCUUGUUAUCAGAGGGCUAAGGAAGAGAUCACAAAGGUACCAGAGAAGUUACUUUCGUUUGCUGUUCGCUGUAAGAAUCUGACCGUUUCUAACACACGAACAGUCCUGCUCACCCCAGAGAUCUACAUCAGUCAGAAUGUCUAUGAACAACUUCUGGACCUGCUGCUUGAAAGCUUCAAUGGAGCACAUCCAGAGGAAGUGGUUGAAUUUGUGGAGGAGGUCAUUGCUGGCCUGCUGUCUGAUCAGGAGGUGCGGACUUUUGAGGAGGUUAUAGUACCGGUGUUCGACAUCUUCCAGGGACGUGUCAAGGACUUGGACCUGUGUCAGCCUCUUCUCUACUCCUACCUGGAUGUUCUCCUCUAUUUCAGCCACCAUAAAGAUAUUGCCAAGGUACUGGUUGAACACAUCCAGCCCAAAGACCCAGCUAAUGGUUUGCAGUACCAGAAGAGCCUGCUGGGGACAGUAUUCAAUAUAUCCUGCUUGCUGAAAACCCCAGGUGUGGUAGAAGGGCACGGCUACUUCCUGAACCCUUCCCGCUCCAGCGCCCAGGAAACAAAGGUCCAAGAGGCCAACAUCCACCAGUUUAUGGGCCAGUUUCAUGAGAAGCUGCACCAGAUCUUGAAAAACUUACUCCAGCGGUCUGGUGAGACCCGCCACUUGCUGCUCACCUGGUUAGGCAGCUGCCUGCAAGCUAAUGCUGGCCGAGCCAAGAUCUGGGCCAAUCAGAUGCCAGAGAUCUUCUUUCAGAUGUACGCCUCAGAUGCGUUUUUCUUGAACUUGGGUGCAGCUCUGCUGAAGCUGUGCCAGCCCUUCUGCAGGCCACGUUCACCUAAACUGCUCACCUUCAACCCAACCUACUGCGCACUCAAAGAACUGAGUGAGGAAGAGAGGAGGAAUCGCAAUGUGCAUGCAAGAGGUCUUGACAAGGAGACCUGCCUGAUCCCUGUGCCUCCCCAGCAGCCGAUGGAGUCGGCGCAGUCCUACAGCCUUCUGACUGAAAACCUCAUCCUCACACAACUCACCCAGCAUCUAGGCUUUCACAGACUCCAUGAGCAGAUGGUGAAGAUGAGCCAGUCUCUCCACCGGCUCCAGGUGACGUGGCAGGAGGCCCAGCGAACAGGCAGCCCAAUGUCGGAGCAGCUCCUGGAGCAGUUUGAGCGUCUGAUGAUUGUCUAUCUCUCAACCAAAGCUGCCACUACACAGCCUGCCAUGCUGCAAUGUUGCCUUAACCUACAAGCUUCCACUGCUGCUCUGCUCGUUCAGCUCAGUAUGGGGAACCAGGGGCCUGAACAUGUAGCACUCAGUUUUCCCCUGCCCUCCCUGCAGAACACGAUGCUCUGCUAUGUACCUGAGUUUUUUGCAGAAAAUUUGGGAGAUUUUUUCAUCUUCCUUCGUCGGUUUGCAGAAGACAUCUUGGAGACUUCUGCAGAAAGUCUAGAGCAGAUUCUAAACUUCAUUACUGUCUUCAUGGGUAACGUAGAGAGGAUGAAGAACCCUCAUUUAAGAGCAAAGCUUGCCGAGGUUUUGGAGGCAGUGAUGCCCCACAUGGAGCCGGUGACCCCUGGUGCUGCUCAGCCAAUCGUGUUCCAGAGAGAAAGAGUUUUCUGCUCCUAUAGACACGCACCCCAGCUGGCUGAGGCCCUCAUUACUGUGUUUGUAGACAUUGAAUUCACAGGUGAUCCUCAUCAGUUUGAACAGAAAUUCAACUACAGAAGGCCUAUGUAUCCAGCUCUUAAAUACAUGUGGGGAAAAGACAACUAUAGAGAGAGCAUCAAGCAUUUGGCCAACUAUGCAUCUGAAAACCUGGAGGCCAUGAACCCCCCUCUUUUCCUCAGGUUCCUCAACUUACUGAUGAAUGAUGCCAUCUUCCUACUGGAUGAGGCCAUUCAGUACCUGAGUAAAAUCAAGAUUCUGCAGCUGGAGAGGGAUCGAGGGGACUGGGAAGGCCUGGCCCCUGAUGCCAGAAGAGAGAAAGAGUCCAGCCUGCAGAUGUUUGGACAGCUGGGACGCUUCCACAACAUCAUGUCCAAUGAGACCAUCGGCACACUGGCCUUCCUCACCUCAGAAAUUAAGGGUAUCUUUGUGCACCCAUUCCUGGCUGAGAGGAUCAUCUCCAUGCUUAACUACUUCCUGCAGCACCUGGCGGGUCCUAAAAUGGGCGCUCUUAAAGUCAAGGACUUCAGUGAGUUUGACUUCAAACCUCAGCAGCUCGUUUCUGACAUCUGCACAAUCUACCUAAACCUGGGCGAUGAGGAGAAUUUCUGUGCCACUGUCCCAAAGGAUGGCCGAUCGUAUUCUCCUACUCUUCUCUCCCAGACCAUUAGAGUAUUGAAAAAGAUCAACAAGCCUGGGGAUAUGAUUGUAGCUUUUGGACUCCUCGCUGAUAAAAUAAAGUCUCAUGCAGACAGACAGCAGCAGGAAGAGGAGACAUAUGCAGAUGCUCCAGAUGAAUUCUUGGAUCCCAUCAUGUCCACCUUGAUGCUUGACCCUGUUCUUCUCCCCUCUUCCAAUGUAACAGUAGACCGCUCAACUAUAGCAAGACACCUCCUCAGUGACCAGACAGACCCCUUCAACCGCAGUCCUCUGACAAUGGACCAAAUCAGGCCAAAUGAAGAACUUAAACAGCAGAUCUUACAGUGGCUGGAGAAGCAUAAGCAAGAAAAGCUUCAGUUGGGGCCCAGCGGCUAGCCCUGAUCUCACUGUGACAAACAGCGUUGCCUCGCGCUGUUAUUUUUCUUACCAGGCCGCACUUGCUCCUUUGCUUCAUGGCAGAUCCACAGUGUGCUUAUUUCUUUGGAUUUAUUCUGACUCCUCCAGUCCAACUGACACUGCAUUAGCCUUUCCCUGCAGCUUCCAUUCUUAAUAAAUCGUCCGUGUGACAACAGUCCUGGCAAACUGUAGCCCACCUGCUGGUAACAACUUCAAAAUCCAUACACGGUGGCUGUUUUUCUUCCCGUGAUGCUCUAUUGAAAACACUAGCAGAGUGAUACAUCCUUGGGUACUGUAUUAAUGAGUUAAUAUAGUCAGAAAUAUCUGUUCAGCAGCACUUUAAUGUACUGUACAUACUCCUGUCCAACCACCUGGCCCUUUAUACCGGAAGGUAAGUAUUUUUGUCAUAUUAUCUAACUUCACUUUCAUAAAGAGUAUUUCACACACUGCCUUUCAAAGUGCUUUAACACCCCGUAUGUUUGCACUCUUGGGUUCAAUCGCAACUUGUAAAUAGCAUUAAAAGUGAGGCAUAGCUGAGUCUGAAUUUAAUUGUGUGUAUGACUUUUAUUUCAUUGACUAGAACAUAGGGUUACUUGGAGGCUUUCAAAAAAAUAAACUUGAUCAUUGUAAUUAGACACAAUUAGCACUAAACAGUUGUUUGUAUUUAAAGAUGUAUCGAUAAGGCUCUUCAGAUCUUCAAGCACCUGUCUGUAUUGAAGCACUUAUUAUCUCAUCAGGAUUAUAUAAGACCAGCCAAUUAAGGUUAAAGGAUAAAGACCAUAUAAAUAAAAUGCACCAAUCUGAAUCAUAUUUUAGGUCUCAAAGAUGUCAGAUUGAAUAUUAAAUCUCCUUAAAUAUUAACUUUAAUCUGUGUUUUGCUGUGGCAGAGCUGUUCAUGGAUAUUACAGCUGACGUGUGAAAUCUCCAGGGGGCAACUCAAACAAGCAAACAAAGCCAGCCUUAAGAAAACAUUAUUUACAAUUUGGCACAAAUGGAUAAUUGACUCUUAUUUAGGAUGGCUUUUUUUAGAGAAUAAAGCUGCUGAAAAUUAACUGCUCAUGCCUAAAGAGGAAUAAAAUCAUGAUUUACCUGUGGCUUUCAGUAAGAGAAGGCAUUUAGACAACUCGGGCACUAUCUCAGAGUCUUUUAUUGGAUAUUUAAUUUUUUUUUUUUUAAUGUACCAGCUGUUCAGGAGAUGUUCUAUUUCUCAUCAAACAGGCAGAGAAUAUACUACUGGGGGAAAUAAACACUGCUGAUAGUUCAGUUAAUACCUACAAAUGCCUAAUUUUAGUAGAAAUACAGAGCAGCAACAUGGUUAUCAAUGAGUGUGUUAUGAGGUAAAUUUCUUAUUUGAGUUACAUCAAAGCUUUGGAACACUUAUCUUAACUCUUUACCCCUUUAAAGCCUACUAGGAGUAACCCUUAAAGCUCCUUUCUGAACUGAGUGAUUUCUGUCAUAGUUCAGGCCUGAAUGACUGAGUUUGCAUUAGGGCUGCCACGAUUAGUCAACUAGUCACGAUUACGUCAACUAUCAAAAUCAUCGACAACAAAUUUAAUAGUCGACGUGUCGUUUGAAGCUUUUUAAUAUCCUGAAAGAUGCAGGAAUAAGCAGACUGAAACAGAAGAUGGCAGCAAUGCAUCUACAAGGAUGCCAGCUGCCGUUAAACGCCGAAGAAGAAGCAGUCUCCGGUAUCAUAGCUUUGUCCAAAUUCAGAGACCACAUCCUCCUGAGGCCGCUUGUAGGCCGAUUACGUUACGACGACGCAAUGAAAUUUGAAGACUCCUCCAAAUGCGUCUUCCUUUUCCCCAGAUUUGAAGGAUGGGUCGGGUGUAUGCUUCCGGCCCAACCUAUUCCAGAAUUCAUACUAUGGCUCAGCCAAUUCCAGUUUCCAACAAUGGCGGCAGCUACUUAGUUUUAAUAUUACUCUUUCUGGGUCACAAAAUAAACUUUUAAGAUAUUUUCAGGUGAGAAUGUAGCUGUGUAAACUUCAAAUAUCUGCUCGAUUUAUCAACACAUCACAUAUUUGCAAAAGUGCUCCGACGUUUUCGGAGACAUCUGUUACCCACCAGCUUGAUAGCUGACCGAGUGGUCAAGGCUCACUCGAGCCGGCGAGAACACCGAACUUCCGGCACAUCGUUGUCAGACCCCCGAGGUCUUUCGCUACUCAGGUUAAACAUGAUAUAUAAGUCACUUAGAUGACUUAAAAAUGUUAUUGUUUGUCUUUUUUCAGUGUUUUAUUUGUUCCUGAGUAAAUCGGUUUGGCUGAGAUUAAAGUUCUAGUUUUCACACAGCUGAAUAAACGUCAAACAGAAAACUGAUUAAACAGUGAGAUGGUAGAGAAUUUAUUCCAGUGUCCUGUUAUAUUUUAGGGAGCAAAGAGCAGACGGCUGAGUUUAUUAAACCCCACCGAGACAAUCUGCAAAUUUCAUUAAAAGGUUAAUAAACUAUCAUCUUGUCUUUAUUUUCAGUUAGAACAUACUUUAAACACUUCAAGCUGUAAGCUAAUGAUUAUAUAAGAGCAGAUGCAUGCUGGUGCAAUAAGCUGUAGUUUUACAUCCAAUGGAUGCAUGAUCUGAUUAGUCGACUAAUCGCAAAAAUAAUCGGUGACUAGUCGACUAUCAAAAUAAUCGUUUGUGGCAGCCCUAGUUUGCAUUAGAAGUUAACGAGGGUGGCCUCUACAUGUGCAAUGGUCGUUUUAAUUGAUAUAUACUGAGUAAUGAGAUGUUAUCUCUCAUAAUGAGAUAAUUUCACAUUCUUUUCUGCACCUUCAGUUCACCGGAGCUGCUCCAAACUGCAAAAGUGCUUCUCUUUCUCAUCUGUGGCACACUGACCAUCAGUGGUGUUCACUUUUCUUGAGAUUUUCUUGAGAUUUAAGGGCAGAGAUAUGGGGUUUAAUAACUUUGAAUGGCUGUGUACAACAUAACUGUCACUGUCACCCUCUGAAUUAACCGAAGCAUCCUGAUCUUGCAUUUAAAACACAAGACUUGUGUUGUGUUCAAGCUUCGUGUGAAAACGUGCGGGCAAACAGUUGAACAAUAGACACGGUGCCUAAAACCAAGAGCCUUGCAGUACAUGUCAGCUGAUCUGUUUCAUACUCUUAACAUACAUGAUUGAGUUUAUUUCUUUGAGGAAUAUGUGAAGUUGGGCAGUAGAAUAUAGGGGAAAGAAGAAGAGGAGGAGGUAACAUGCUCUUGGGUUGUAUUUGAAUUAAAUGGUUUUUAAUUCAAUUGUGUGCAAGAUGGUAACGCGUAAGAAGGUGAUUAUGUAUUUGUUGGCAUGCUCUGAUUUCUGUAUUGAAUAUCUACCACCCGAUUACAUUAUUUUAAUUAAAAUGCAAUUUUUUUUGUUUUAUUUGUGAUUAUCAAAUGUUUAUUUUCAAUGUACAUUAUGAUUAA